CUCUUUGUGCUGUUGUUUCGUUUCAGGUCUGAGUCGGUCUCAGUGAAGAUCUGGCGUCGAGGAUUUUUCAACUGUGUACGAAGAGAAAACUCAAAAUAUCUUACUUUUUUCUACUCGAGUAACGGACAUUCGCUUACUACAUUUUUUUGCUUCAGAUUGUUCAAGAAGGAAAAUCUCAAUUUCAGCCACCACAAUCCCGCCCAUUAUGCCAUUUUUCAGCCAAUAAUGCUAAAGUCAUGACAGUUUACGUUCUCUUAAACUGUUAAAAAGCUGAAAUUUGUUGCUGUUAAGCACAAUAUAUUAAUAGCAACCCGAGACGCAGAGGAGAGGUAUUAAUAUAAGCAGCCAUGGCCGUGGGCCCAGUGGACCCCAGAGAGGUGUUGAAAGGAGUUGAAGCUCUGCUGGGGAAGGAUGGAGAACUACGUAGUCUUGAAGGAGUCGCUAAAGUAUUCAGUCUCAUGAAGGCCUCACAUAAAAUGGUCAGCAGAUGCAUGUAUCUGAACAUCUUACUUCAGACAAAAUCACAUGAUGUGCUAAAUCGAUUCAUUCGAGUUGGAGGCUACAAGUUGUUGAACUCUUGGCUCACCUACUCGAAGACCACCACCAACACGCCUCUGUUGCAGCUCAUUCUGCUGACCCUGCAGAAGCUUCCUCUUACUGUGGAUCACCUCAAACAGAACAACACUGCCAAGCUGGUGAAACAUCUGAGCAAGAGCGGAGAGACAGAAGAGCUGAGGAAGUUGGCGUCUGUGCUGGUGGAUGGCUGGAUGGCUAUAAUUCGCUCUCAGAGCGUCUCCAGUGGAGCGUCGCCCAAUGACAAGAAACGGAAAAAGGAGGAUGGAAAAGUGCGUCCAGAGGUGAAGCCUCGGGAAAAGGCAGCAGAGGAGGAGAAGAAGAAGGACAAACCAAAAGCUUAUGCUCCGAGUCAUGCUAAGAUCCGCUCUACAGGUUUAGAGGUGGAGAGUCCGGCUCCAGUUCCUGUGAAGAAGCCACCCGUUGCACCCCAACUUGGAGACAAAUACAACAUCAAGCCAGCUGUGCUUAAAAGACCAAGCACAUCUCCCACUGACGCACCACCAGUGGAAAAGAAGUACAAGCCACUUAACACCACCCCCAACUCAACCAAAGAGAUCAAAGUCAAACUCAUUCCCCCACAGCCGAUGGAGGCCACUGGAUUUUUGGAUGCCCUCAACUCUGCUCCAGUGCCUGGCAUCAAGAUCAAGAAAAAGAAACCAAAAGCAGCUUCACCUACCAGUAAUAAGCCCUGUCCAUUUGACAACAGGCCGCAGUCAUUUUCAGGCACACAGGCCAAACCAUCUUCCCCUGAAACACCUUCAUCUCAAACCCCUCCUCAUGAAAAUCAAGAACUGGAGCAGCCUGGCACACCCGUGCCCACCGAGGACCCUGAAGCCAUGGAAACCGGUGAUAAACCCAACGCUCUGGCUGAACCUCGCAGCGAGGAGGAGACUCUGACUAAGAAAGGAAAGAAGAAGAAAAGUGUCCGGUGGGCGGAAGAGGAUCAUCUCAAAGAGUACUUCUAUUUCGAUCUGGAUGAGACUGAGAGAGUGAAUGUGAACAAAAUUAAGGACUUCGGUGAGGCGGCUAAGCGGGAGCUGAUGAUGGACAGGCAGACGUUUGAAAUGGCUCGUCGUCUUUCACAUGACACCAUGGAGGAGAGGGUGCCCUGGACCCCACCACGACCCUUGACCCUAUUAGGCUGCCUGGUCACUGCAGGUGCCAGCAGUCGAGAGAAGAUGAUCCAGAGAGACCGAGAGAUGGGCAUUCUGCAGGAGAUCUUCCUCUGCAAGGAGAGUGUUCCAGACAGUCCUCAUGAGCCAGAUCCUGAGCCGUAUGAGCCCAUGCCUCCUCGUCUCAUCCCACUGGACGAGGAUAGCAGUAUAGUUGAGGACAUGGAUUCAACUGACCCUGCCUCUACUCCCGGCUCUAAUGAAGGCUCCAAGCUGCCUCCUGUAUUAGCCAACCUCAUGGGCAGCCUGGGCAACAGCGGCCGCAGCCCGCAGGCACAGGGCAAUGCCCCUCCAGCCAAUAAUAAUAAUAAUAAUAACCCAGCUGUUAAUGUGCAGGAACUACUCACAUCUAUUAUGGGUGCACAUGGAUCUAAUCAGUCUCCAGAAGACCUGAUCAAACAGCCGGAUUUCUCUGAUAAGAUCAAGCAGCUUUUGGGUUCUCUGCAGCAAAACCAGAAUCAGAACCCACCUCCCAAUGCUCCACCAAUGAACCCUGGUCUACUUGGUCAUGGUCCCGGCAUGAAUAUGAACAACAUGAACAACAUGCAGAUGCCCAUGAAUGGUGGUUUCCCUCCAAACAAGCCUCCUGGACCACAUUUCAACCAUCCUCCACCUCCACAUGGCCACGGCCCACCCUUCAACGCCGGAGGCCCUGGGCCUGGCCCUGGCCCUCGUAUGAUGGGUCCUCCACCCGGCCCACAGGGGCGAGGAGCAGACAACGGAAACUACUGGGGCGACGACUCAAUGAGAGGAGGCCCACACCGGGGAGGAGGACACUUCCACCGGGGCCGAGGAAGAGGAGUAGAUCCCGGCUUCAGAGGGCGAGGGGGGCGCGGAGGACCACGCGGGGGACAUAACAACAUGGGCGAUAUGUCAAAUAGGCCAGUAUGUCGGCAUUUCAUGAUGAAGGGAAAUUGUCGUUAUGAAAAUAACUGUGCGUUUUAUCACCCUGGUGUAAACGGACCACCCCUUCCUCCUCAACACGGACACUAGCAUGCUGUAAAGCUGCCAUUCCUAGAACUCGCCACUAGUGGGCGACAGGACUCCAAAUGAGCCUCGUUUACAGUAGCUGAACCUGAUUAACAGGAACAGGAUGACGUGGAGGGGAUGUUUUUUUUGCAUCUGUGACUGCACAAUCUCAUCUGCUUCACCAAAAACAGCUUCCUCUCAGUUUUACACUACUUUCCCUGACCUGGAAAGUUGGGAGAAAAUCUGAGAUCCUCUAUGAAGAGUGACUAAACCCAAUACUAGACUUUGGGGCCUCCGUGUAAAUAGUGAUUCCUGAAGAUGGUGAUGUAUAUUUUUUAUUGUGAUUCCGUGUACCACUGACCUGACUGCUAAAGAUUGUACUACGUUGCUGUGUAACCACUAUGACUAAGGUGUGAAUAAUCGUCUUCAGACAGUGAUGUAAAGUUACUUAAGCUUUCCCUGGUGCCCGAAGCCCUAAGAGACUAGAUGUGCAAUUUUUACAAAACAGAUUUUGCACAUCAAUCGUUAAUGCAACUUGGAUUUGCAUCAUGAAAUCGACACUUUCAGAAGUAUUCAGUCCCUCUGACGCGGCCAGAAGAUGGCGCACUGUUUAAAGUUUUAAUUUAAGGUUUCUAUAAGACAAGGAGUAGCCAAACUUAAUAUGAAAUGCUUUGAAAUUUUCUGAUUUUCGGUCAGUCGGCAUGAAAAGUGCCUCAGGUUAUUUUCACACACGGUCCUUUUUUUCAAAGAUUUUCACCUAGGCACAAACUACAAUGUUUUUUGAAGUCCCGUCGCAUACUUGAAUUGAUACUUUGUGAUGAAAAGCGAUCUUAGCCUGCUUAAAAAAAAUAUCAGCUAUUGUUCGUGGUAGUGUGACAAUCAGGAGAAUUAGCUGGGAUGAUUUCCUACUUGAUGUUGAUGCUAUUGUUUGAUUUGCCGUGCGUUCAUGUUCUCAUGCUGUCAGAAGCUCGGUCUAGAUCAGACUCGUGUGGGUUUGUCCUGCUCUAUCAGUGUUCAACUGAGUCUAACCUAGGCUUCAAACCACUAUCAAGGCCAAACUUAUUCAGGUGUUUUCUGUGAAAACAGUGGCCACUGUCUCUUGUGGGACUCGAUUAUUAUUUUUUUUUUGGUUUGAUCCACUAUUUUCCCAUGAUUUUAUUUUGAUACGAGUCAGAUUUUUUUCUAUUGUUUGAGAAAUGUCUAUGUGUCAGAUUGCCGCAUAAACACAAUAAAAGGCACAUUCAGAAAUGUAAGGUUUUUUUCUACAUGUAAAUUAAUAAAUGUUCAGAAAUUUA